AUGUUAACUGCCAAGAAGACGAUUCAGAAGGCAGCUCAGCGCGGGAGACGGCGGCUCCUCAUAGACGCGCUGGACGCAAGAGUGCCUAUCUCCUCCGGACUGAACCAGCUGAGAUCGUCGCUCGCAUCAGGGAGGACAGUCGAGCAACUGAUGGGGGACCUGGUCAAGUACGUGCGAUCGCUGAAGCAGGAGCCCUGCGAUGCUCCGGAGCCAGGAAGUGCGGACACCCGGCGUAUAGCGGACGAGCUAAUACGGAGUGGGAUGCUGUCCAGUCGGACGUUCCUCUUCUUGUCCGUGUCGCUCUCUGACUGGAGGGUGACCGCUGCGAGCGCGGGGUUGAAGGAGCUUCUGAGGGAGAACCCUUUCAAGCAGCUUGAGGGCAGGCGGUUCAUAGACUUCGUGCACCCAAGGGACGCGCUGAAGCUACGGUGUCUGUCGUCGUUGCAGGGCGUAGAGGGGGCGUCUUCCCUGUUGAACACCUCCUACGAGGUGUACAUCAGGACUUUCGACAGUGAAAGGUUUGACUGCAGACGUUGCACGCUUGUCCCCAUGGCAGUCGACGAUUCCGGUGUCGCCAUUUUUCACAUGUCGUUGGACGCCAUGCCGUGCAGCAAUCCCUCCCCUCUGAGUGCUGCGGCUCUGCAGGAGCUCAGUGGCAUCUACGCCUUUGACGAGAUCAGGUCGAGCACUCUGCCUUGGGACCUCGACGCCAAGAUCGAGAGGCUGGAUCAAGAUCACUUUGGAUUCAUUCCAAUGAUUGGGGCCCUCCUCCACUGCCCGCAGACCCGCGCGACUGUGCAGGAGAUGUCGUCCAAGUUCGGGAUGCAACUCUCACGGCUGGCCCUGCGGAUGUUUCAGCUGCACCUUUCCUUCAUCGUGAACGACGAGGGGGUCCUAGUCAUGUCGAAGCAUGUCCGGUUGAAGCUGCCAAGUUACAUGGGCAACUUCCAGAGCAUGUGGCAGAAACACGAACAGAGCUCUGUGGAUGGGAACAAGGACGAUGUCUGGUUCAGGAAAGAGGCAUGGAACAGACUCUACCAGCACAGGAACACGCAGAGCAUGGAGAUACAUUUGAGCAAGUUCAGCCUGCGAAGGGAUGGUGAGGGUGUUCGGUGCAGCAACUCUGAGAGCAUUCUUGUGAAUCAGGAAGGGAUCACGAUAUGGAGUGAGUUUUGGGAUGGGAGUCAACACAAGUUUGCCGAUGUUGUGCAGUACUUCUCCAAAGUUUCUGGGAUAGAUGACAUCUUGUACACCGCGGAAUUGAGUUGCAACAGCGCUACACGCCGUUGA